AUUGACUACACUGUUUAUCUACGACUGAAUCUUGUUUAUCAUUGAUCGCGGUUUAAAUUUAAUCACCCACUCUCAUUCAGUGAAGCAUCAAAUCCUCCCGAGGGACUAAGCUCUCAGCCUCAGCAUCAACAGAGUGCCCGCACAUCUCGCGAUGAAAGGCGAUACUUUGUGCUGCCUGCAAAGUUGUAUCACAGCAGCAGCACAGCGACAGCAGCAGCAGCAGCAGCAGCAACAACAGCAGCAAUGGCCGCUUUCCGCAGAGUGGCAGCACUGGCCGGUAAGCUAAACCUCAGGACGGCGGCGAGAACCGAGCUCCUCGGCGGUCAGACGGCCAGUGGAGGAAGGACACGGAAAUGUCUGGCUGUCGGGAUGUGUCUCGCAACGGGAGGUGCCGUGGCGGUUUACUUUUACAACGAUACGUGGAGCGGCAGAGGCAGGAAGAGGAUGGGGAGUCACGAAAACAACGGUCUGCUGCCGUUCAUCCCGACCGUUAUUGCCAAGGAGAAGGCACGUCCGUUUGACUUUGAGGAAGGAGACGUGUACAUGUCGUCCCAUGAGCAUCGCUUCCGCAUGUUCAGCUCUGUGGAGUACGAUGGGCAGCUUUACAUGACUCCUCAGAACUUCAUCGAGUCGGUCACCAUGAGCGAACCCAAAAACAAGAGGCCCUGGAGGUCCCUGGCCAAACAGGAGCUGGAGAAGACUUUGGUAGAAACUCCCCCAGUAUGGAGAGGAUCCUCCAAACUGUUCCGCAACCUGAGAGAACGAGGUAUCGUCUCAUACACAGAGUACCUGUUCCUGCUCUGCAUCCUGACAAAGCCCCAUGCUGGCUUUAAGAUUGCUUUCAAUAUGUUUGAUGCAGACGGCAACCAGAUGGUGGACAAGAGGGAGUUCUUGGUGCUUCAGGAGAUCUUCCGGAAAAAAAAUGAAAAAAGAGGGAGGAAAGGAGAUGCGGAGAAGUCGGCACAGCUGAGUAUGCAGCUCUAUGGAUAUCAGGUUGCCCCCAUGAACAGCGUGCUAAAAAAAGACAGUCAGGAGUUUGUGGCGCGGAGUUACUGGGACGUUCUGAGGCGAGGCGCAAGUCAAGUCCUUUUUUCUGACCUGGCAGAGCGAGCAGAUGAGAGUAUCACAAUCGACACCACCCUAUUGGUCCAUUUCUUUGGGAAGAAAGGGAAGGCAGAGCUUACAUUUGAUGACUUCUACAGGUUUAUGGAUAACCUCCAAACAGAAAUGUUGGAAAUUGAGUUUCUGACUUACUCUAAAGGAAUGACCACCAUCAGUGAAGAAGACUUUGCCAAAAUCCUGCUUCGCUUCACCAAUGUGGAGAACAUCAGCGCCUACCUGGAGAAUGUCCGCCACUGUAUACCUGACGAGAAGCAGGAGGGAAUCACCUUCGAUGAGUUCAGAUCAUUCUUCCAGUUUCUCAACAACCUCGAGGACUUUGCCAUUGCCAUGCAGAUGUACAAUUUUGCUUCUCGCUCCAUUGGACAAGAUGAGUUUGCAAGAGCGGUGUAUGUGGCCACUGGGCUGAAGCUGACACGUCACCUCGUACACACCAUCUUCAAGAUCUUUGACGUGGAUCACGACGACCAGCUCUCCUACAAGGAGUUCAUUGGAAUAAUGAAGGACCGGCUGCACAGGGGAGCCAGGGGAUAUAAAUCAUUGGAGCGUGCCGUCUCCUUUAAAUCCUGUCUGAAGAGGGAGCUUGCAGGCAGCAGGUGAAGGGCCGACACCACUCCUUCUCCGGCUGUGUCCGCUCUGGAGCCAGGAGACAAGUGAAGCAGCUCUGGAGGAAGUACAAGGAGAAGAUGUAGAGGAGGAGGAUGAGAAAAGAUGAAGAAGUAGUUCUGAAAUGGAAUAAGUCAAAUUCAUCUCUUAUCUAGUGGCCUGAGUCCACAACACUGUUAAUAAGACAGAUCUCCAUUGGACCUGAACACAGCUGACUGACAUCACUACCAUUUACCUCUGGUUUUACCAGUCAUUCCAGUUGAUCUGAUGCCAAAUAUAAUUUAUAGUGUAGUCUUUACUUUCCGAGCACCUCUACAAGUUAGUAGGGCUACAACCAAUGAUUAUUUAUAUUUGCUAUACAUUUAAAAAACGCUAUGAAAACUGUUGUUUUACUUUUUAAGUUUGACCAACCCUUAUAAUGUUUUCACUUAAUGGAUGAGCUUUUUUAAUUACCAAUUACAUUUAUAAUAUAUUCCUUUUAAAGUAAGAAAGAACACUGCACUACAAGCUAUAACAACUGAAAGAGCACAACAUUAAUAAAUAAAACACUGAAAUUAGAGAAUUAAACAAAGUUAUAGUUCAUAUUUAUUGUCUUUUCUUAUUUGUAUCUAUUUCAGUCUCUUUCUCGCUUACAUUUAGUUUGAUCACAUCUAUUAAAGCCAGUAUAGUUUAUUUUACUACACUAAGAGAGUAUAUACACACCAUUAGUAAGGAUGCUAUAUUAUUUUAAUAGUACUACAUAGGUUAUGUCUUUGACCUGGACAGCAUAGAACAUGGUGGAUAUUUUUUUUGUAUUAUUGUGACUGUACUGUUAUAUGACAUGACUGGAUCAAUUAAGGUUUUGGAUAUUUUGUGUUGUCUUAGUUGCAUGUAUGACAAUAUAUAUGGCAAGAUAUAUGACAUAGAUAUCCACAUCAGUGCCUUCUUUACAUUCCCUUUCUCAUCUGAGAAAAUAUCACAUAGCAAGCCAAACUAAGCUACUUAUUCAGCACUGUGUAGCUCUAUACAGCAACAUAAUUGCCGAACAUGUGCAAUGACUACAUUAUGUGUUUUGUGACCCAAUCGUUAAUGUUUUUAAUAUAGCACGAAUCAUUGAAUAUCAUUUUUGAGUGUUUGUGAAUUUUUUGUGUCUUGAUGUGGAAAUGUGGAAUAUAUUUAAAAUAUAUUGAAAUGAAGGUUGUUGGAAACUUUUUUCUCAUGAUGUAAAUAAUGCUAACCGUGUUUGCAAUAAUGAAUUUGUCCCCACAAGUGGACCUGGUGAUUUAAUUUCCAUGCAUGAAUAAACUAUUUUAAGCAGA